AUGGCAAACCUCGUCCAUCAGCUUGCAAGGCUGCAACUUGGUGCCUCUGGAUCACGUCACGGGACUUCCCGACGUCUUUAUAAUGUACCAGACAUGUACAUGAAUAUCUCUUCUAUCUCAUAUCAACAGGAAUCGAUUCAAUUUGCUUUACUCUCGUCGCUACAGUGUCCAGCGCAACGUGUCCUGUCAUUCCAAAACCAGGCUGUAAGGCGAUUCAAUGACCAAUUCACGGACGUUUUUCACGCUGGACCAGUGUUUCAAGUAUCUUAUGCUUCGAAUACUUCAUUUGUAGUAGCUGUAGAUGAAGAAGGGGCAGUGGGAAUCGUGGAUUCAACCACAGGACGGUGGAAAAGCCACUGGAUGGCACAUUAUAAUGCCAUUUUUGACGUUCGUUGGACACAGGAUGAUACAAAAAUACUCACAGCAGCUGGAGAUCUACAGAUAAAGUUAUGGGACGUUGAGAUAGCAGGAAUGAACUCUUUAUUGAAGCUACAGCCAGUAUCAACGCUAAGAGGACAUAGUAUGAGCGUGAAAUGUAUUCGUCAAGCACCUGAUAGUGUUCAUCUCUUUGCAUCUGGUGCACGGGAUGGAAGCGUCUUGUUGUGGGAUGCUCGUGCUACGGAGAAACCGGUUUUGUCGCUGGAAAAUGUGCAUGCAGAGCCGACGCCGUCGAGAAUCGUGUCGUCAAAAAGAAGUUUCAAGCCGGCCAGCCAGAAAAAAAGACGACAACGAGUAACGCCCAUGCUAUCUUCACCACGUAGUGUUACGUGUGUAGAGUUUGGUGCAACAGGAAACGAAAUCAUUACGGCAGGUGCUGUGGAUGCAGUGGUAAAAUUUUGGGACGUUCGACGUCUUGGGUCGAGCUCUACUGUCAGCUUUGGAAAAGACAAGGCAGCAAGUAACUUUCCAGUGCCGCUUCGUAAGAUAUCUUGCUCAAGUCGUGAAGGUGCUCGUCACGGUAUUUCUUCGUUGAUGCUUGGUUCAAGGAGAGGAGAAGGUGCGUCUCGUCUGCUUGUUAAUGUGCUGAACGACUCGAUUGCUGUGGUUGAUGUUGGCCAAGAGCAGCACGAUUCUGGCCAUCAUGGUGAUAGAACUAUUCUUCGGUGCACAGGGCAUCACGCAAGUUCGUUUUAUUGCAAAGCUACUUUUAGCCCUAAUGGUGACUUCAUUGCUGGCGCGUCGGUGGAUGGUGUCGUGUACAUUUGGGACGCGCGCGUAAGUACUUCAUGCGAUGAAGUUUCUUCUUCUGCCUGGUCUAGUUUUGGCGUUCAGCAACGUAUACCAUCUUUUGCGCUAAAGGGCCACACGAAUGAGGUAAACGGAGUUACCUGGAGCUCUCACGAUUCUACUCAACUUGCGUCAUGUUCGGAUGAUGGUACCGUACGAUGCUGGCAAGUUGGUAGCCAAGCAACCGAUCGUCAGAGUAAUCAACAGGAAAAGUGUAGUAACAAAGCUGCAUGUUUCGAAUUACAAGUAGCGUCCGGUGCUGAGUCUUCUGAAACGAGUGGUAUAAUGGAAUGGGCAAACUGGAGCACGUUUGUUGAGCAACCUGACGGUUACGCAUACCGCAUACGAGGACACAAACGAGCAGCAGUCUCUAAGUCAAGCCAUUCCUUAUCUUCAAGACGGCUGAGUGUACAAGUAGAUACGCAACGAACGUCACCUCAGUUUACGAGGUACAACGCUGAACCUCAGCUGCAUCCCGUCCACGUGAUUGCUACCGCACAGCAGUUGCCGCAACAGGAGACACAACAAUCUGACGAAGCACAAGCAAGACAAGAAGCCCAACUACAACGAAAGCGUCGCAUGAAGCUGCGAAGAACAGUAACAUCCAUGACCCUACCAAAGGAAGGCCAAAGAACUCUACUCGAACUAUGGAGCUUACAACAUCAAAAUCGUUAG